AUGGCCAAGGCCUCAAGGGUAGGAACGACGCCUUCCCUCUGCAGCCUCCUGGAUGAUAUUGUCAUAUGGGAGAUUCUCGUCCGCCUGCCCCCCAAAGCCCUCCUUCGCUGCCGCGCUGUCUGUCGUGCCUGGCAUAGCCUCACCUCCACCCGGGACUUUCUCCUCGCCCACCAUGCCUGUCAGCCCGCCCUCCCCCUUCUUAACAACGGUGAUUAUGUAGACCUCAUCAACGACUCCAUUGACAUCUGCUGCUUCAACAAUCGGGCAGGUCUGGCUGCCCCCAGCCAACUCCAAUCCGUCGCCUUAUUGAACUUGGCCGAUGGCUUCGCCUUCUCUUAUCUGGUUGCCUCCUGUGAUGGCCUCCUCAUCUUUUGCAACGACGAUGUCGACUUCUUUAUAUGCAAUCCGACAACUCGUCAGUAUGCUCCCCUCCUGCUGCCUACGGAUCGUAGGUGGACGCUCCUGGGAAUGUACCCUCACAUCCCUACCGGCGAGCAUAGACUACUGCUCCACUCGUACAAGCGUUACCUAGCCAAUGAGCUAGCACCUCAAUUUGCAUGCCACGUCUUAUCGUUGGGCUCUGGCCAGCCAGCGAGGCGCAUUGGGUGGCCAGUUGAGAUUAUGCCGGAAUUUGACCCACAUGUACUAUUCCGUGGUAACCUGCAUUGGUUCCCGUCGCAUGAUGACCGUGAAAGCAAGAUGAUAACGGUGUUUGACACCACAUCUGAGUCGUUCCAGGAGAUGCGUGCUCCUGUUGUUACUGACUACACUCACCUGUUUGAGAUAGACGACAAGAUCGGCAUGGCCACCAUGGAUUUUAAGACAACCAUUGAUAUUUGGAUGUUGCAAGACUAUGAAAGGGAGGUCUGGGCCUUCAAUUGCCGGAUUGAAUUACCUAUUGCGGAGAUCAGGGGGGCAUUGCGACAAGUAUGA